UUGGCAGUUAUUUGUUCUUUCAAUGAAGAGCAAUACUAUCAUCUUUUUAUGCUCCCUCCAUUACAAACUUGGGAAAGAAAUGAAGAAGACGAUAGACUUGGUAAUGAGAACACAUCAAAAUGUAGUCUUACAAAAGCAUAGACAUGAGCUCAAGGAUCCCACAUGGAUUGAGCCAAAGAGUCAUAGACAAUUAGUGAAGACGAACUUGUGCGGUCUAUAUGUCAUGAGAUACAUGCUCAAUAUUAUCACAUUAGGCAGAACCGAAUUUACAAAAGAGAUGUUCGACAAUUCGGAUGCAUUUUCUGAAGUUAAAUUAAAGACAUCCGCACAAGACUGUCUUCUCUUACCAUUUCCCCUUCCAGACAUGCCCUUGCCAACUGACGUAGAGGCAGCCCAAGCAGGAUUAGAUUUCAUGACAAAAGUGCUUGCUGAUGGUGAACCAUAUGAUCUAGGUCUAGACUGCAUGGUACGAAAGUGA